GAAGGGAAGCUUGCUACAAAAGGCUUGGAUGCUUUACAGAUAGUCCCCCUUGGUCUGGGAUCCCAGGGAGAGAACUGGCAGGCUUGCCCAGCUCUCCAGAAGCUGUGAACACCAAUUUCCUCCUUUACACUAGAGACAACAUCAUGAAAUAUCAAAAAAUUUCUGCGACAAAUCCUUCAACUAUCAAAGCUUCGAAUUUCCAAACACACAGGAAAACUCGCUUCAUUAUACACGGCCAUCUUGCUGGAGCGGACCUCCCCUGGAUAACAAAUAUAUGCAGGCUCAUGUUUCACACUGAAGACGUGAACUGCAUUUUGACCGACUGGACAGGUGGCUCUAGUGGUUUGUACACCGAAGCGGUUAACAACGUCCGCAUUGUGGGGGCUGAGCUGGUUUAUCUGGUGAACCUUCUUGAGAAAGACUAUGGUUACUCUCCUGCCAACAUUCAUUUCAUCGGCCAUAGUCUUGGAGCACAUGCCGCGGGGGAGGCAGGGAGAAGGAAACCUGGCAUUGGAAGGAUAACAGGUUUGGAUCCAGCUGGGCCCCUUUUCCAGUACACUCCCACAAUGGUUAGGCUGGAUCCUUCAGAUGCAAAAUUUGUUGAUAUAAUUCAUACUCACGCUGGUCAUCUUUUCUUUGACUUUGGGAUUCUCCAGACUUGUGGCCACCUGGAUUUUUACCCAAAUGGUGGGAAGAAGAUGCCAGGAUGCAAGCAGCUGCGUGUACCUCCUGCAACUCGGAAUAUCAACGACCUUAUGAGAGAAUAUAGAUCUGUUGGAUGCGGACAUAAAAGAAGUCUCCAGUAUUACGCUGAGAGUAUUAUCACUCCCAAUGGAUUUGUUGGGUAUCAGUGUGAAACAUACCGAGAUUUUGUAUUGGUCUGUGUUCUGCGGCUGUGGAACCGUGCGGCCGAGCACAUGGCAAGCCCUGGCACUUUGCUGAGGCUCUUCGAGGAACGCCGUGGUUGUCCACUGUGGCAAUGCUCACCAUCUGGAAGUCAGUGGCAAGCUAUGAACAAGGCUCCUUCAACAGAUUACGAAAAAUUUGCCCAGCCCACUACAAAAACUCUAUUUCCAAAUUAG